AUGUGGGUCGAUCCGUCAUGUCGCAAGGAGAGAAUCAGCAAGACUUGGCAAUAUGUGGAUUUGGAAUUGGGCGUGUUUUCCGGUUCCGGCGCGCUGAAACACAAUCUGGGCCAUGAAUCACUGGCUUUGCAAUUGCUUGUUCAAACCCCAAUCGGGGGCAGUUUUGUCCAACCGGAUCUGACGAAUUCCGUCAGACCGUCCACAUUGGUCAAAGCGAGUCACGCGUACUCGAAGCGCAUGGAAACAGUUUGGCGCGUUUUGACGCGUCUCGUACCGAACGAUCCGACGCAGUCCGCUAUGAUUUCAUACACAGCCGUUUUGGACAGUUUGAUCCAGGCGGUACCCACCCUGUGCUAUCUGUAUUUCAUGUUCUCCAUACUCACUUCAGAUGUUCAGUGCCUGCCGACUUCCUUGCCAAGUUUGCUCAGUCUUCUGACACGUUUGGAUCAGUUAAGAGCCAGUAUUCGUUCGGAUCAACCGGCCGCUCGUGCUAAAACGCGGUGGUCUGCCCCGGAACCCAAAGCGGUGGGCAUCAGUGACCGGAUUUGUGCUCGACGCUUUUUGGCGCUUUCGGUUGGUGGUCUGGCGGCUUUCGCAGCUCUUCGACAACGCCACAGACAUCCGCUGUUGGAACAGUUGUUCACCAUUUGGGCUCAAGUAAUGCAAGAACAUCGCGCUGUGGAUACAUUCCCACGGGAGUUUGUUUUUCCAAGUCAGUUGACGUACCUACUGCCAUCCCGUGUUGCGUUGGAACGAUGUGUGUUCCCAUUCUCGUUGUCCAACGCGGCCUCACUGCGUGGCCUACUCUGUCCGUUGUUCCUGGCUCAGUUCGCUCAUCAGCUGAACAGUUUCAGCGGUCAAGUGGGUGAAUUAGCCGCCAAUACGCUUGUGGAUCAGAUCAGUUGUGGUCCUCGUGCUGGACCACGUGCACCGGCCGAACCGAGUGGGAUACGACUGCCCAGUUUAGACGUGUUCUCGGAUCCCGCAAUGCUGCGUGGAUCGCAACUCGAAUCGUACGCGAGCUGUCUUCCGGUCAGUUUGGAAUUGAUCCUAUUAAGUGUCGAAUUGGAACGAUGGUCCAGUCUGAUUGCCGGGGAUGCGACUGUCAACGAAUUUUCCGGUACGACUUAG